AUUAGGGGUGAGAGAAAGUUUACGAACGUGAAGGGGGUGUGAUUGCUGCUAUUCGCUUUGUAUGUUAUUCUCUUGUGAGAAAACAAAGCAGAAAAUUUCGAAGAUAUUCGUUACGUCGUAUCGACGUUGGAAGAGAAAAAAAUCCAUCGAGGGAUCGUGCAUCAGCCAAGGGAGCUGUAUCUACAUCAUGGUGGCUACAACGAGACCUCGAGAGAUCGACGUCGAUAAACCGAGCCAUACUGAAGAAUUAGCAAAUUGGAUCAGUCGAGUUCGCUGCAAGAAGCUGAUGUGUCGUCGAAAUCGGAAACGUGAUCUACGCGUCGAGGCGGUCCUUACUUGUGCACUAUUCAAGGCCGAGCACGAACUGCGUAGUAAACAAUUAUCUAGAAUUUCAAAGUGGCAGCAGUUCAAAAAACAGUUUCUGAGAGACGGAGAUUAUUCAAGUUGCGACUUUUAUGCCGGCGAAGAUAUCAAAAUCUCGAAGUCUUGUUAUCAAGAGGAGGAUCCGUGGCGAGGUCCUUUGUGCCCGGAAUUGACUAGUCUGGAUAAUUUCAUGUCGAAAUUGGGCGAGAUUAAAAUCCCGUUGCAGCGAUGAAGAAACGAAAGAAAAUGGACGUCCGGGUCUGAAAAACCUG